AUCCGCAUCUGCUCCGGUGCUGCUGCUGCAGAGGCAGGGCAGGGCGGAGGGCCGAAGGGGCGACGAGGUUGUUGCUGAGCUUCAUGAGCGAGUUCUUGUGGUGGCCGCGGUGGACUCUCGCUCGACCGGCGGGGCGACGGCAGGGCGAGCAGCAGGGAGUGAGAGAGGAGAUUCUCUCUUCUCUGUGAUCUCUCCCCGCAGGCGAGCGCAGCGCAGGCGAGCGGGGCGUGCGUGGUGAAUCGGAAGCAUGGAUUGCUCGACUUUCGAUGUAGAAAGCGGAAAAUCAGUCACGAGGGCGGCUUCUUUCCACGUUCGGAAACUCGAAUGAAAAAGAUUCUUCGUCGCUCGCAGGGUACAGGUGAACUGUCGAAAGCCCCGGCCGACAGCUCCGUUGCGUUUCGCAAUUGGCCUGUUUAGGAUUGUGUGCUUUUGCGGGCUGACCGCAUGCUGCUCGCUGUCCCAGGCGUCAGACAGCACUCGAGACCAAGUGAGCUUUAUCGUGUGCUUUUAUUUGGCCGUUUUGUCGUGCAAGAACCACUGCCGUGCAGCACUUCAGAUUUCUGUUCACGUAUAAAUUGAACGCGGCUUCUGGUCUCUGCACUCAGCGCAGUCCUUUGGCUUUCUUCAAACUUUCGUCGUGUCUGGUCGAUGAGGCAAGCGAUUUCGCGACUUACGCAUUGUGAGGCAUUCGGAGUUUGUUCUUGAGUGAGUCACUCCUUCACAGCGUGGGGAAAAGAUCCGAGUGUCGAGAAAUCUCUGGGCGGAUUGCUGGGCAAGGACGUGAACGAAGAUUGGUUAGUCGGUUGAGCGAUUCUACGCAGUCGGUGGAGAAAAUGCCAUGCCCAUCCUUCCCGGUGUCGAUUUGGGAAGACGAGUAUGGAGAAUGUGGAGGCUGUGAGUCCAGUCAUGUCAAGGUUCCCAUUUCAUCAGCUGGGGACCUCCGGGCCUCCAGUGAGCUGCAGAUGGUGGCAGCUGUGAAGCUAUUGCUUCAAGGCAUUGGAGAGGAUGCCGAACGAGAGGGUAUAUUGAAGACUCCUCUGCGUGUGGCCAAGGCAUUUCAAAGCUUCUUUUCAGGUGACAAGCUGCUCUCUUUGUGGGGCAUGUCUGGGCAUGCCACAAGCGGGUUCUGCUUUGAAUCCUAGUGAUCUUUUAUGAUGAAUCUCGACCAGAAGAGAUGCAAUUCUUAGGGUUCUGGGGCGUAGAUUUUCGGACCUGGUUUGCUGUUGAUGGUCUCGUUUUUUUGGCUGAUUGCCCAUCUUCGUGAAUUCUCAGUGGAGACUAGAUAAGCCUCAAUUUUUUUUGAUGGAUUCUUCAUCUCUUACUUCGGUGUAAGACAUGCAGCUGUUUUCACUUCGCCAAUGUCUAAUUCACCUUUGCGUACUCACGGUGAUACGUCUUCGCUUCCGCACUCUAUCCUUUCCACUCGUCUUGAAAUGACCACGUCUGUCCUUGGGCCGUGAUAUGGGCCAAUCUUACACGAUCUGCAGUGAAGGGUGCACAAUUGACGGCUACGAGCUCACGGCAGAGGGAAUCAUUGGAGGAGCUCUUUUUACUGAAGCUGGUACCGAUGGCGGGACUGGAGGGGGCUCAGGAGGGAUGGUGGUUGUUCGCAAAAUCGACGCAUUCGCUUUGUGUGACACAUGCUUUUUACCUUUCAGGAUCAGGUGUCAUGUUGCUUACAUUCCGUUUGGCCAGCGCGUGGUCGGCCUGAGCAAACUUCCUCGAGUCGUGAACAUGCUAUCGAGGAGGUUACAAAAUCCACAGAAGCUGGCAAACGAACUGGUCCAAGCUUUGUACGACACGUUCGAGCCUCUCGGGGUUGCUGCUGUCGUUGAGAGCUGGCAUCUGGAGUGGCCUGGUGCGUGUGAUAGAAUUGGGGGCUCAGUUGGAAAUUACGCCGAGGAGAGGCUUGGAUUCGGGUGGGUUCCCACGACCGUCUAUGCAGCUCGUGGAAAAUUGGAGAAUGUGCAAUCUUGUUUGUGGGACGAGUUCCUGGCAAUUGUGGGUGUAGAUGGGGUCGAGAUUCGGAAGCCGACUGUUGGGACCACCAAUGCAUGUCCUUCGAAAGACAAGUCUUGUCCCUUUUUCGCAUUCUCUGGGAAAGCGGAGGGCCGUGCCUCCGUCGGGGCUAUAGCUCUAGCCAUUGAAUCCCUCGUGCGUGCAGAGGGGGAGCAUCUCAACCGAGAAGAACUUCAUUUGACGGCCUCGCGGUACGUAAACUGGCUUCUGUCUGCCACUCAGGGAAGCAACCAGAAACUGCUCAAUGGCACCGUUGUAGAAAUUGAUUUGAAAGGCAGCGUGAAUGGCUCUGUGGUGCACAGCAAUGGCAAUGGUUGCAGUCACAGCAGUGGCAUUACUUAUGGAGUCACUAAUGGCAGCGCUCAUGGGCAUAGCAAUGGAACUGCCAACGGGCUCAGCAAUGGAACCGGCAAUGGCUUUAGCAAUGGAAUCAAUCAUGGGGUCAACAACGGAGCUAUCAAUGGUUACAGUAACGGAACCAACCAUGGAGCGAGCAAUGGAGCCGCGAAUGGUCACAGUAAUGGCAGCAACCUUGGUGUCAGCAAUGGUGCCGCCAAUGGAGUUCAGAGCAUUGCUGAACAACUCAACAGUAGUUUAUUUUUGGGGAAGACUCCCUCGCCUGGAUUUGACGAGCACCCGGAUGUUCUGUUCUCCUUGGAGCUCGACUUGCCUUUUUCUUCUCUUUGUGAGCACCAUCUGCUCCCCUUCUUCGGAGUGGCCCACUUAGGCUACGUGGGAGGAAAGGAGUCAUUGGAGAGGUCGCUGGUUUUGAAGAUUGUGCGGAUGUUUAGCAGAAGACUGCAAGUCCAGGAAAGGCUCACUCGGCAGAUCGCCGAGGCGAUCGCUUCGUUAGCUGACUUCAAAUGGAUCAUGGUUGUCGUUGAAGCCAACCACAUGUGUAUAAUGUCAAGAGGGGUGGAAAAAUUAGGCAGCAAUACCGCCACGGUCGCUUCCAUUGGCCAGUGUGCUAAUGACGGAGCGAUACGGGCUCGCUUUUUGAAACAAAUCUCCAGGACAGCUACGAAGAGGACUUGCUGAUAACUUUGCUUCAAACCUUGCUUAUACCAUUCGUACCUUCUCAUCGUUAGUUGUUGCUUCUAUCAAGGGUAGCCUGUAGAUGCAACGCCUAGUCAGUGUUUCUCUUAAGAGAAGUCAUCCCGAUAUUUUUUACCGCGCAAUGUUUAGAGUCCUCCUUGUCGUGAGCUUCACCAAUCAUCCUGACUAGGGUGGUUGUCUUUCUUGCAAUGCACUCCUUUUAAAUCGUAACACUAGGUGGAUCUGCGUUGCCAGGAAGCUUACCUCUUCAAGUCAUGGCUGUACCAUAGUCAGCAUUAUUCCCCGUAGACGGACGCAAGUCCUGACAUUCAUCAUCUGUAUCCAAUAAAUUUACACCUGGAUCGGUGCAGAAGCGCAAGCAAAUUUUUCUUCUCCCGU